AUGAACCGCGAAGAACAGAGAAAGCGAAGCUCUAAUAUAAAGGAGCCCGGUACCUGCGACCCCGGCUUCGUGUUCUACAGCUGCCAGGGCGGAUUCGUGGGAUGUUGCGCCGUGGAGGCGUGUAAGCCGGGGGGAUGUCCCGACGAUGCUCUGCCGUCGAAUACCGAAGGAGGAGAGAAUAUCGCGAGUACUACUACCUCGCCGCCGGAUGGUGGGACUAAGACGCAGACGCAGACGGUUACUCUGGAUAUCACGACUACUCCGAAUAUUACCCCCGAUAACAGUCCAGAGCCAUCUACAACAGCAACAACAACAUCGUCGUCAUUGUCAGAUUCCGCUAUAGGGGCAAUCACACCACCCCCACUACCGCCAUUCCUACCCCCAUCCCCAUCCCCAUCCUCUUCCUCCGCCUCCUCUUCUUCUCCCACCUCACAAACACCCCCACCCUCAACCCUCCCGCAAACAACAACAACAACAACAACAACAAACACAACAACAUCAUCACCACCACCUCCCCUCUCCACAGCCGCCAUAGCAGGUAUAUGCAUAAGCAGCACCGUAUUCGCCCUGGCCGCGCUCCUCGUCGCCGGCUUGCUCAUCCGCCGCCGCCGCAUCGCGAAGCGCGUCGCCGCGGAGACGUUGCCGAAUUCCCCGUAUGCGGACGAGCCGGAACGGUUUAUGAUGGAUCAUCCGGCGUGGAGGGCGCAGGGGCAGGGGAUGGGGGUGGGGGUGUUUAGGGGGGUGAGUGAGUUGCCGUAG